AUGACAGCUGUGUUUCCUGCUGGCUCUGGGCAAGAGCCAUUCACUUAUCCUAGUGGCUUCUCUAAAUGUCAAGGACUCAUAGUUGGGGUGAUCUUGAGGUAUGGGACUCCCUCUACCAGCGGCCACGACAAGCCGUUCAGCUGCUCACAGGAGGACAGGCCAUUUACAACCCUGCUGGUCAACGUCAGCGGGAAGUUCUUUGAGUAUACGCUCAAAGGGGAAAUAAGCCCUGGGAAGAUCCACAACGUGGAGCAAAAUGACAUGUUGCGAAAGGUAACUUUUGACCCGGAAGUUUUUUUCAACAUUCUGUUGCCUCCUAUUAUUUUUCAUGCUGGUUAUAGCCUGAAGAAAAGACACUUUUUCAGGAAUUUGGGGUCCAUUUUGGCUUACGCCUUUUUAGGAACAGCAGUCUCUUGUUUUAUUAUUGGGAAUCUCAUGUAUGGGGUUGUGAAACUAAUGAAGUUGGUGGGUCAGCUUUCUGAUAAAUUCUAUUAUACAGACUGCCUCCUCUUUGGAGCGAUAAUAUCUGCCACUGAUCCAGUUACUGUGCUAGCAAUAUUUAAUGAGCUGCAUGCUGAUGUCGAUCUCUAUGCCCUUCUGUUUGGGGAGAGUGUGUUGAAUGACGCCGUUGCCAUUGUAUUAUCUUCAUCUAUAGUUGCCUACCAGCCAACAGGUGAAAAUACCCAUGCUUUUGAUGCAGCAGCAUUUUUCAAGUCUGUUGGUGUUUUCCUGGGGAUUUUCAGUGGUUCUUUCAUGAUGGGAGCAGUGACGGGGGUUGUGACAGCUCUGGUGACGAAGUUUACCAAGUUGCACUGCUUCCCCCUGCUGGAGACGGCUCUCUUCUUCUUGAUGUCCUGGAGCACUUUCUUGCUUGCAGAAGCAUGUGGAUUUACUGGUGUGGUGGCUGUCCUCUUCUGUGGAAUUACCCAGGCGCAUUAUACAUACAAUAAUUUGUCAGUUGAAUCAAGAAGUCGUACUAAGCAGCUCUUUGAGGUAUUACACUUCCUGGCUGAGAACUUCAUAUUUUCUUAUAUGGGUUUGGCACUGUUUACUUUCCAGAAACACAUAUUCAGCCCGGUUUUCAUCAUUGGAGCUUUUAUUGCAAUCUUCUUGGGUAGAGCGGCACAUAUCUACCCUCUCUCCUUCUUGUUGAAUCUGGGUAGAAGGCAUAAGAUCAGCUGGAACUUUCAGCACAUGAUGAUGUUUUCAGGUCUCAGGGGAGCCAUGGCAUUUGCUCUGGCUAUACGGGAUACUGCUACCUACUCGCAUCAAAUGAUGUUCUCAACAACUCUCCUCAUCGUCUUUUUCACUGUGUGGAUUGUUGGUGGAGGUACAACUCCCAUGCUGUCAUGGCUGAACAUCAGAGUUGGUGACCAUGUUCCGUCGGUGGAAGAGAUGAGUGAAAGCCGCUGGCUGUAUUUCAGGGUUGGGGUUGACCCAGAUCAGGAUCCUCCACCUACUAAUGACAGCUUUCAAGUCUUACAAGGAGAUGGCCCAGAUUCUGAAAGAAGGAACAGGACAAAACAGGAAAGUGCUUGGCUUUUCAGGCUAUGGUAUAGCUUUGACCAUAAUUAUUUAAAGCCAAUUCUCACUCACAGUGGCCCUCCGUUAACUACAACUCUACCCAGCUGGUGUGGCCUGCUAGCCCGCUGUCUGACAAGUCCCCAAGUUUAUGAUAAUCAAGAACAGCUUAGAGAAGAGGAUUCUGAUUUUAUUCUGAAUGAUGGUGACCUUACUGUGACAUAUGGUGAUACAACAAUAACUGCAAACGGUUCUUCUGGCCCCCAUACAGCAACCACUAGCCUUGAUGGCAGGAGAACAAAAAGUAGAUCAGAGGAAGCACUGGAAUGUGAUUUGGGAGCAGCAGAUCAUGAAGUUACAAGCAGGGGUACCCGGCUAGUAUUUCCUCUGGAAGACAAUGCAUGAUUACUGACUCAGUAAAAAUAACUCUUGCUCUGUGGAUGGAUCAAGGAAGACUGCAGGCCACUGUGUCACUUGAGGUGGGGAUGUUUAUUUAAACAAGUUAACAUGCAUAAGUGGUUUUACUAGGUUCUGAAGGUGUCACCUAUUUUUUACUCAAGAUGCUGACAGUGGGGUUUUCUAAAUGUCUGAAAAUAGAUGAAUGAGAAAACUGGUCAUUCUCCUCUUUUCAACCACAUAUUGAAUCCAAGUAUAACUAGCAUGCUGCAAAUGUCUCGUUCAGCUGCAGCAGCUCUCUCUGAAAGAGAGGUACAUGAAAAUGUCAUAGACCUGAGCUUGUCUUGGCUUAGCUUGGGAAUGUGGAAGAAGAAAUAUAAACAUGAUGAUUAUGAGAUAAAAAAGGAUGUGUGUGUAUCUGAAUGUGGGGAGAUCCAUUGUUAAUUUCUCUCAUGAGGCUGAGGAAACUGUAAAGUAAAACGGGACAGUACGUUAGGACUACAGGUGCAUGAACGCAAGACUGGGGGGAAUCUGUUACUGCAAGCUGUACUUAAUGCAUUUCAGGGAAAAAAAGGGAAAAGAUUACUUCACUGGCCAUGUGUUUAGGAAGGCAAUGAGAGCUACUUGUCCCUUUAGCUUUGGACAACUUGACUAUUCCUAUUAGCCUAACUUAUAGUGCCUCAAA